AUGUCGUCUCUCCAGUCUGCAGAUUCGCGUGGCUCUCCCAUGGACACGAAUGCACUGAAGGCCGGCCACGGCGGCUCCAGGGUGUGGUCUGAUAUCCGAGCCGCCAUCAGGGCGUUUGGUCGAGACAGCCGCAGUGACUCUGAUGGAUCGACCGUUCAUGAAUGUGUGUCUGGAGGACACCGACUGCCGAAAGACAAGGGAAAGGGAGUCGAUGUUGGAUCAAAUGCUCCAACACCGCCGUCAACGCCGCGCAAGGGAAAGGCACUCACACCACGGGGCGUUGCCAAGAAGCUGGGAUUUGGCUCGGGCGUCGACUCGAGUACGACGAUAGUACUUCGCAGUUCUCCUUUAAAGACACGCACUUCGCUGCAGGCCCUUGGCGGCGUCCAGCGCCAUCGUUCGAGCGGGGGGCGAGGGAGCUCUGUGUCUACGGACAAGAGCAGCAAAAGAUCCACCGUGGAGAACGACUCGACUGCACAAACCUCUUUAGAGUCCCGUUUUUCGGAGUGUCCCUCGACCAGGAACGGAAGCAAGGGCGGGCAUAAUCGGAGACAUCCGUGGUCCAAGUCUAGUCCUGAGGGUGGCACCUUGCAGACCAUCGAUGAACGGGCGAGCGCUCAGAUCCAGCCAACCGUGCUGACUGUUGAAAAGGCUGCUGCUGCCAAGAUUUACCUCGAGGAGCAUUACAAUAGGCUUCUCAACAAGCCGAGUGCUCGCAGUCUGCGGCGCCAGUACCUCGAGUCUCAGCUCUACUACAGCCCGCACCUGACUGCUGACCAAAAGGACACCGUUCGGAGAGCCUUUUGUUAUCAAGAGUCGUGUCACAUUCGUGAGACUCGUGUUCUGAGAACACAGUCAAUCGCAUCCUUGCGGGGUGAAGGGCCAGUCCCUCACGUCGACAAGUACGAGUCUCUCAGAAUCUUAGGGAGGGGCAGCUUUGGCGUUGUCAAGCUGGUGCGUGAAAAAUGCGACUCGAACGAGCCUAUCGCAAAGGAAGUGUUUGCCAUGAAGGUGAUACGGAAGUCAGACAUGCUCCGCAGCAGUCAGGAAGGCCAUCUCCGUGCCGAAAGAGACUUUCUUGUGGCCUCAGAGGGCUCGCACUGGAUUGUUCCUUUGGUUGCCAGUUUCCAGGAUUUGAAGAGCCUCUAUCUUGUCAUGGAAUAUAUGCCCGGCGGCGACUUUCUCGGAUUGCUGAUCCGCGAGAACAUCCUUCACGAAUCAGUCGCUCGUUUUUAUAUUGCAGAAAUGAUUCUGGCCGUAGAGGAAGCGCAUCGAUUGAGGUUCAUACAUCGCGACAUCAAGCCGGACAACUUCUUGAUCUCAGCAUCGGGCCAUCUCAAGAUCUCCGACUUUGGCUUGGCCUUUGACGGGCACUGGUCUCACGAUGCCUCGUACUACAACUGCCAGCGGUACAAUCUGUUGCAGAGGCUCGGUAUCAGUGUCGAAGGCGAUACAGAAGACCAGAAGAAGUGCGAAAACAUAUCUACCCAGCUGCCGUGGCUUCAAUCCAUGAAAGAAGUGCUCCAGCGGCAUCAACGCGUUGACGAUGCUGACCAGGACGACCUGCCCAAUCUUCUUGGAUGGAGGAAUAAAUGUGGCAACCGAGCUUCUGCCAACUCGGUAGUCGGCACGAGCCAGUACAUGGCGCCAGAAUGGAGCAUUGGAAUUAUCCUGUACGAGUGUCUGUAUGGACACACGCCUUUCUUCGCCGAGGAUGGCAGGAAGCAGACCAAGACCAACAUCCUGGACCACAAAAGACUCUUCUCCUUUCCUCACAGGCCCAUGAUCAGCGACAAGUGCAAAGAUCUGAUAUUCCGCCUCAUACAAGAAAAGGAGCUCCGGCUGUGCUCCAGGCGAUACCUUUGGAAGGAUCGCGCGCCCACGGAGACGCAUCGACCAACUGAUCUGUUUGGCAGAUUUGUGUUCCCCGACGACGCCGAAGACAUCAAAGUCCACAAGUGGUUCAAGAACUUUCCCUGGGAACGCAUCCACACGAUUAGCCCGCCCUUUGUGCCGCACAUUACUAGCAGCGACGACACACACUAUUUUGACGAGUCGGAGCCCAUCGAGGACUUCUCAGACUCGUCACCGGUUGCUGUGGAGGUGACUGACGAGGACGUGAGAGACAUCCUCCGCGAUUUUCGGCCAUGCGUACAAGUGGCGGCGAUGGAUUUGUUAUCCGCGCCGUACGACUCGACCAGACUCCGCAGCGCAGAUCACAGGAUCGACUCUACUCAAAGCUUUACAUCCAACGAGAGGAAGGUUCUGAAGCACUUCAUCAGGGUGUACGGGCGGAAAGAGCGCAAGAGGCCGCGGGACAUUUUGCUCCGAGACGAGAAGACCAAGGACGCGGUGAUGGAGGUGCGCAGGAGGACGGCCUUUAUGGGCUACACGUGGCGGCGAAUGAGACCUACUAGCUACACGAUGCCGAAAUGGACGCAAUGA